AUGCUUCUGUCUAAUAUUAACUACGAUGGUCAACAAACUGAUAGUGCCAAUUUGUGCACAAGAAUUUCAAGGACUAUCGAAUGCGAUUCAAAAUCCAGUUGGAUGGAUGUUAUUGAUAAAAUAAUGGAUAGUAAAGAUAUAGUUCUUAACUGGUAUAAAGAUUCAAAUUUAAAAUCUCUUUUGUUAAAUCGUCAAUUAUUAUUAAAAAAAUAUGGCAUAUGGGGUUGUCUUUCAGCAGCAAUUGUGACAUGUAAAUUAGCAAAAUACCAUACUCAUACAAAUUGUGAUCAACAUAUUCAAACGUGUAUAUUAUCUUCUUAUUUUUUACGUUCAAUAUUUUUCUAUACAUUACCUCAUUCAGAAUAUGAUUACGAUUAUUCAACAUUAUUCAUUGAUAAUCAAACACAAUUAUGGCCUGGUAUACAGUUGACGAGUGAUGAAUUUCGUUUAAAUCCUCGAGUAUUAAUGGAUACAUUAGUCUAUAUCAGCGAAACAUUAAUUCGAAACGAUCUUAAUCUACUAGCAUUACCCGUUAUUGUAUUCUAUGAUGUAUUCACAUUUCAUUGUCGCGAUUUAUUUCAUACAAUUCAAUCUCGUUUACUACGUUUAAGAUCUUUGAUAGAAUUAGAUUUAUUUAAAGAAGCAUCAUUGUUAAUAUUUAUGUUAACUGAUGGCAGUAAAUUACCGAGUUACAAUUUAUUUGAUAUAUCAAAAAAUAUUUUAUCAGAGUAUAAUCUUGGUGUAUUAGAAACAUUGUUGACUAUUCGUCUAUCUAAUUCAAUGUCAAGUUUAUUUGGUGCUCAUUUGACAAUCGAAUUUCAUUAUUUAUUAUCAUUAUAUUUCAUUCGAUUAGCUGCUAGAAUACCUGUUAUUGCCAAUUUAGAAUAUUUCAAAUCAAGCGAAUUAAAACAAAUAUUAACAACUGUAUCAGAUUCAAGAUAUAAAGCACAUUCAAUGAUGUCCAUAACACAAUCAUCUCUGUCGACAAAAACGAAGUCAAUAUUUCCUGAAAAUAUUUCAUACGAAGAGAUUAAAUCUUAUCUAAUUGGUGUAUCAAAAUUGUAUUGUGAAAAAGCUCUUCUCGUUUUACAACAUACCGAUGAAUAUAAUCGUGAUUAUCCAAGUAAUUUAAAUUCAUUUGAAUAUCAAUUGUGUAUUGAUAGUUUGGCAAUGUUAGCUGAAUGUGCACAUCAAUGUCAUUUGGAUCAAUUGGCAGCGAGAUAUAGUUUAGAAGUAUUAAAAGUAAUGCAAUUAAUUGGUGAAGAUAAUGUUGAUGAAAGAAAAGUGGCCAAUGGUAAGACAAAACGUAAAUCGACGUAUCCUCGUUUGAGUGCAGUAUCACGAUAUCCACGAAAGAAAUUAAAUGCAAUUGACAUUCUAUUUGAUACACGUUCAUCUCAAAAUUUAAAUGUUCACUUGUGGUUAAAAUGUCGUUCAUCUCUGUGUCAUUAUAUUUUACAACAAAUCAAUACUCUAGGUAAAGUAAAAGGAGUAGAUGAAUUAAUUAAAGAAGAUAUGGCCAAUGUAUCGACGUAUAUUGAACAUGGUAUCGAAGAAUCAAACGAAUAUCAAUCGAAUGAAAUGUUAGCAACAUUUCUCUUGUACAAAUGUUUACAAAAUCUUAGUGAAUUAGUGAAUUUAGAUGAAAAUAAAAAACGUUUAAAAACAAUUAUUGAUCUACUCGAAUCAGUUGGAUCAAAACAAAAUACAAUAUCAAUAAAUUUAUUAGAAAAAUUAACAUUAACAAAAUUAUUGUUAUUAGAACAUAAUUGUGUAGAUAAUUUUGAACAAACAGUAACAAGUUUAAAAACAAAAGAUGAUACAUUACAAUGGAAUCUAUUGGAUAUGAUAAUUCAAUUGCGUGAGAGGAUUCAAACGAACAAUAAUCAUCGUGAUUCAUUAGCAACUUUAAUUCAACCACUUCAAAAUAUUUAUUCAUCAUUAUUACUCUUUUAUAUCUAUUCUAAAUUACGUACAGCUUGUAUUUUGAUAGAUCAUGUCUAUCGAAGAAUAAGUAGUUAUGAGACAGAUGUAUUAAAUGAAAAUAUUUCAAAUGAUCUAUAUGAAUGUGAGAAAUUAUUUCGUCAAUGUCUUCUACUUAAUCGAUCUAUAUGUGAACGUUAUGUAUCAAUUGAAACUGAAUGUCUUCUACAUUUAUCACGUAUUCAUCGAUUAUUAAAACGACCAUUAAAAGAAAUUGUUUAUCAACUUGUAGAUGCAAUACGUUUAACAUAUUUAAAUUCACAUGAUAUUGAAUUUAUUCAAACAUGUUAUUUUGAAUUAGCACUAACAUUUAUUGAACAUAGUAAAUUAAGUUUAUUAUCAGUAACAAAACAAGUUUCAGCACCAGUUCUACGUACGACUUCUAAACAGGAUCGUCGUGAAAGUGGCGAUGUAACGAUUGUUGGUGGCGUUAGUGAUGAUAGUCAAACAUCUGAAUCAAAAACGCCUGAACCACGUACACCAAAAUCACGACAAGCACUUGCAUCAAGACAAUCGUCGAUUAAAAUGAAUACUAGCGAAACAACAAGAAAAUUACAAUUAAAAUCAGUUGCUAUUAUGGCUAUAAGAUCAGCAACACUAAUGGCCAUAUGUAGAAAACAAAGAGUACAAUUACCUGGAUUAGCUGAAGAAUUUCCAUCGUCACAUGAACAGUUAUGGCCAACAUUUUUAGCUGGCGAUAUCAUUGGUUAUUUUGUAUUUCCGGAUAGAAAACGAGUAUAUAAAAGUAAGAGGGUUUUAAAUUAUGCACAAGUAGCUCAUUUUUCUGGUUAAUAACUAUAAUAAUAUAACUGACUGUAUGUUUUUAGUCAAUUUUUCGCCAUUCGUCUGCACAUGGUCCUAAAUAUUGGAUGGGGGAGGGGUCUAUCUCGCUUAAGGAUAGUCCCCUCAUUUUGUGCUUUCCGUAGAAAUGCUGUAAAAUAAAAAAUAAAACUCACUAAGAUUUCAUAGUUUUAGAACUGACUGGAAACUCAAUGGAACACUUUUUCGUUUUUGUUUCAAGCUUCUAACUAUGGCCGUUCAUCAGUUUUCCAGAAAACUCGGUUUUUCAUUGUGUCACAUUACGAUCAC